AUGGACAUUGAUGGAGAAAAACAGAAGACAGAAGCAGAAGGUACGUGGUCAUCUACUUGGAGGAGUGUGGUCGUGGGGCUACGUGAGGUGAUCCGUCCCGGAUGUGGGUGGGUUGUUGGUGAUGGUCGGAAUGUGAACUUCUGGACAGAUAAGUGGCUCGGGGGCGCUACUCUGUUUGACACAGCGGUGGAGGAAGGACCAGGGGAUAUGAGGCAUCUAAAAGCGUCAGACCUAUGGCUGGAGGGUUUUGGGUGGGACAUGUCAAGGAUAGCACCGUUUGUCUCCGCUGAGACAAGACUAGAGUUAGCAGCUGUAGUGGUUGAUCGUGUGUCUGGGCGAGAGAUCGUCUAUCAUGGACAGAGACGUCUGAUGGUCGGUUCACGGUCUCCUCAGCAUACCGGUUCUUGUGCCGGGAUAGUUCUUUCAAGCCAAAUAUGGGUCUCUUUUUCAAACAAGUGUGGAGUGUCAUGGCGCCUGAGAGAGUACGGGUCUUCUUUUGGCUAG